AUGAAAGCCGUUGCCUACUUCGGCAACUGGGAUAUCUACGGAGCCAACUACUUCAUCACCGAUGUUCCAGCAGAGAACUUGACCCAUCUUGUCUAUGUUUUCGCCAACGUCAACACUACUACUGGCAGCGUGAUAUUGAGUGACACUUGGGCCGAUCUCCAGUAUGCGUACCCUGGAGAUAAUACCACUGCGCCGGGAGAAAAUGUAUGUGGGAAUAUCAAGCAGAUGUUCCUGUUGAAGAAGAAGCACCGCCAUCUCAAAACUAUGCUUUCCAUCGACCACAGUCAAGCGGCGCAGAUGGUCGAUUUGCUUAAGCGUCUGCGCCAGAGUCUGGACCAACUGGCAGAGAAGACAGACCAUGACCCCGUAUCUCGAUUUCUACACUGUUAUGGCUUUGGACUACAUGGGACCCGGAUUCAGCAAUUACUCUGGCUACUUGUCAAACUUGUUCCCGGAUGUCCGCAAUCCACGUGCAACUAUUAUGAUACAAACUCGAGCCUUGAUUUUUACAUGUUUAACGGUCGGGUUCCACCCAACAAGAUCGUUCUGGAGAACCCGCUGUACGGUCGUGUCUUCAAUGGCACUAAUGGCGUGGGCGAUAAGUUCUCCAAUGGCGGCACGCAGGGCAGUCUUGCUGCCCUGAAGGCUGAGUAUGUUCAGUGUUUGGGUCUUGCUGGCACCGCCUGGUGGGAAGUUAGCAUGGACCGAAACGAUACUCUGAGUCUCAUCGGCACCACUGUCUCUCUGUUUGGAGGCGCUGGCGCUUUGGAUCAGUCUCUUCACAACUUGAACUAUCCCACCAGCACAUAUGUUAAUCUGAAGGAUGGCUUCUCUGGCAAUUAA